AUGCAACGAGAUGCGGCUGUUUUUGCGCACUUCCGCUCGUCCUUUCACACGGCAGCAGGACACAGCAACGUUUUGGCACCUCUCGACGCCUCCACUAACCGAAACGCACCGUGCACCGCGACCCCGUCCAGCUCCUCCGUAUCGAAGAAGGAGGUCAUUCACACGCUAUCCAGCGCUUAUGGUGGCAUAGGACUUCUCCUUGUUUUUCGAGCGGCUCCGGCAAACGCAGUGAAUCCGCGGCACUCGUCCUCGACAUCCUCCUCGGCCUCUCACACAGCAGUGCCCGGUGGGGGCGCUGUUCCGUACACAAGGGUCAGGCUGUGCUUUGUGUCAACGGAAGAACGCAACGUGUGGAUGUCGUUCUGCGCGGAGGCGUACUUGGGGCUGUUGCUGGACUCUGUUCGCACUGACCGAGACGCCGUCUUCGUAGUCGAUGACGACAAACACCCCUCUUCUGUUGCUGCGACAUCCCCCUCCAUCAGCCGUGUGACUAGGGGCAAGAUGGCCCACAUUGAGAAGCCGACGCAGGAGGCGAUCGCGUGCUACAUUGACUUUUUCCUGUCGGGAAGCGCAAAAGGCGACGCGUCCGGGGGCUCAAACGGCAGUAUAGACCGUAUUGGGGUGCCCUUGAAGGGACUCUUGAAGGUGCGCGGCGCGGAUGGCGCACUACACAACCGAGAAGUACAAGUGGAGCGAACGAACAGCCUCAACGACGCACGGCUGCCGGCUGCGCGCGCAUUUCUCGUCCUGCGGCGCAAGCGGUGGUUCGGCAAGCAAGUGGAUGGGCGUAUCGAGUUGGAGAAGCUUGCGGUGUACGCUGACAAUGAUCUUAGCGGGACAGCCUUCUACCUAGAGUUUCUCCACACAGCAGCAGGUAUGGCAGGCGACGGGGCCGCAAGCACUGAGCAGCCGUCCUUACUAGGGCCGAUGGGGCCGACGGGGGCACAUAGGAUGGUGACGCUCGAGUGCGAGGCAGGCAGCUUCUCUCGCAGGCUCCAAUGGCUGCAAUGGCUCGAGGCGACGCUGAAGCGGCCUGUCAUCUUCUUGUCUGUCGCCCGCCGCGAAGCACAGACCCCAGUGCCUGGAGAGCAAGGUCUAUCAAACGAGUUGUCUGGUGACCGUGUAGUGCGGUAG